AUGGCUGAGGACAAGCCGCUGAAUCUCGUCGAUGCCGAUGGGCAAUUCAAUGACGAGGGGAUGCGGGAGUUCGCCAGCGCAACCAACCUCAUCCACUGCGGCCUGGGCUACCAGAUUGUGGCGGUGAUGGGCCCGCAGAGCUCCGGCAAGAGCACGCUCCUCAACUACGUGUUUGGGACGACCUUCAAGGAGAUGGACGCCCUGCGGGGUCGCGGCCAGACCACCAGGGGCAUCUGGGUGGCCAGGUCGCCGAAGAUCGAGGACGUGACGACGCUGGUGAUGGACCUGGAGGGCACGGACGGGCGGGAGAGGGGUGAGGACGACACGACCUUUGAGCGGCAGAGCGCGCUGUUCGCGCUGUCGGUGGCGGACGUCCUGCUCAUCAACAUAUGGUGCCACGACGUGGGGAGGGAGCAGGGGGCGGGCAAGCCGCUCAUGAAGACGAUCUUCCAGGUCAACCUGAAACUGUUCACACCCAGCCCUGGACGAAAAAAGACUGUCCUCCUCUUCGUCAUACGAGAUCGCUCAAAGACGCCUAUGGAAAAGUUGACUGCGGUCCUUGAGGAUGACAUCAGGGGCAUCUGGUCAACCAUGCCCAAGCCACCGCAGUACGAGCAGACAAGUUUUCGAGAUUUUUUUGAGGUUGCAUACACAUCUCUCCCAAACUAUGAGGAGAAAGAGGACGACUUCAGAGCUGAGACCUAUCUGUUGAGGAAGAAAUUCUCAUCCGAAGAGUCUGACAGCUAUGUGAGAACUGGUGACAAACUUCCUGGCGAUGCCAUCACUAUGAGCACGCAGAAAGUGUGGGAGUUAAUCAGGACACACAAAGAUCUGGAUCUUCCGGCCCACAAGAUCAUGGUUGCAAACACAAGGUGUGCUGAGAUCUUGACUGAACAAUUGGAAGGUCUCAAGAAUGAUAUGCUCUGGGAGGAGCUGGUAAAGGAAUCUGAGAAGUCUGUUGUGCACAACUUUGGAGAGCGAGCAUCAGCGCUGAUCACCAGCUGCCUAUCUGGAUAUGAUCAGGAAGCUCUGUACUUUGAUGAAGAAGUGAGAGCAAAUAAACGACUGGAAUUGGUUGAGAAAGUUCAGGCCCUUGCAAGGCCAGCCUGUGAGCAACAGAUGCGCCACCUUCGAAUUCAGAUGCUGGACGAUUUCAGCAAACAACUGAAGAUUGGAACAACUGUUGAUGGCAUUCCCUUCUCUGAAUGUGCAAAGAGGUGCAAGGAAGAAGCGUUGGCAGCUUUUGCUGACGAGGGUGCGAAAUCUGACAUGCCUUCAAUAGGCUGGAGUCAUUCAGAAUUCUGCCCCGCCAUGGAGCGGUCCGUUGAUGGGAUGGUCUCCGACCUGAAGAAGGACAAGGUCGAGGCUGUUUUCAAGACUCUGCAGGACGGCUUUGCGACUACACUUGUGGGCCCCAGCGCGGAGCUUCUGGACACUAUGCCACAGCAGCUGUGGCAACGACUGCGUGGGCUUAUGGGCAGUGCCAUCAAGCAAGCCAGUGGGCAGCUGGCAAAGAGCCUUGAGGGUUACGAUUUCCUUGAGGAAGAAAGGGAUGAUAUGGAGUCCAGGAUACAGGCAGCGGCUGAGAAGAUUGUUGUUUCCAGUGCGACAGAAGCAUCGCACACAGUCUUGAAUCGCAUGCGCAUCAGGUUCGCCGACGCCUUUUCCAUGGAUGAGAACAAGAUGCCACGGACGUGGAUGCCAAAGGAUAACAUCGCAAAGGCUUCCAAAGUGGCGAGAAUGGCAGCAGCAGAUGUGCUGGCCCAGCUAGUGAUUAUCCAAGUCGAAAAGAAUGCUGCUGCGGAGGACGCUGAGUCCGCUGUCAGGGAUAUGGCCCGCCAGGACCUGGAGGACAGCAUGAGCGGCAAGCGCAAGCAACAGUCAAAGUAUGCGGUGAUGGGGCUGAGUGUGUGGCCAGACUUGGACCCAAGUUGCUCGCUCGUGUCUCCCCAAGAAGCUUUCUCCAAGUGGCGGCAGUUUGUGGUCGAAACCAAGCUGCAGAUAACACAGGCGGCACUCACGCAGCAGGCCAACAGGCUGGCCAGUCAUCGCCCGCCCCCACUGUGGGCAAUCUGCGCCAUGCUGCUCCUGGGCUUCAACGAAUUUAUAAGCAUCGUGUACAGCCCCGUCAUGCUCGUGACGAUGAUUUUCGGGCUGCUUUUCAUCCGAACGCUGUAUAUGGAAAUGGACGUCGAUGCGGAGAUGCAGAAGGGAGCGCUGCCAGGCCUGAUGUCACUGGGGGCCAAAUUCGUGCCAGCCGUGAAGACGGUAUCACAGAAGACACUGGAAUCCACCAAAUCUCUGAUAUUGCCGGAGUCGUCGUCCAGUCAUCAGCAGCCAGGCGGGCCUUCCAAUAAUUCAAGUCCUCCCGGUGGCGCAGAUGGCGUGGAAGGGCCGACGUCCGGCGACCAAGCCCAGACUGAAGACCGCAAAGACAAGUAG